AUGGAGUCGACUGUUUUGAAUGGGAGGAUGGCCAGAUGGCAGAUUUUGCUUUUCGAAUUUGACAUAGUUUAUGUGAGCCAGAAGGCUGUAAAAGGGAGUGCAAUAGCUGAUUUUCUAGCUAGUAGAGCAUUGGAGGAUUACGAGCCUUUGAAUUUUGAUUUCCUGAAUGAGGACUUGAUGUAUGCGGCAACCACUGAGGAAAAUUCCCAAGAGGGUCACAUUUGGAAGCUAAAUUUUGACAGAGCCUCAAACGUUGUUGGCAAUAGAAUUGGGGCAGUCUUAGUAUCCCCAAAUGGAGAUCAUUAUCCUAUUGCUAGCAAAUUGGAUUUUGACUGCACAGACAACAUGGUAGAAUAUGAAGCGUGCAUUAUGGGCAUCUGUGCAGCCAUAGAACGUAAAAUCAAAGUGUUAAAGGUAUAUGGGGAUUCUGCAUUGAUGGCUGACGCAUUGGCUACUCUAGCUUCCAUGAUCAAAGUAAACAAACUAGAGGACAUGAAGCCUAUCCAAAUGAGAAUUUAUGAGACCCCGGCUCAUUGCUACAGUAUAAAGGAAGAGGAAAAUGAUGAUCAUCUUUAG